AGUACAAGCAAUGUUCGAGCAUAAAUAGUCGAGAUUGUACUCCUCUCCAAUAGAGGGCGCUGUUGAUUAAACGUUUAUCCGCGUUGACGUCAAGUGUAGACGAGCAAGUUUGCCCGCGAACGUUUCAAAACAUUAACUGGUUGUGUAAAGUAAGCGAUUUGGUUUUGCAGCAGACAAUGGCAGCCAAAAUGAGUGUACCUGCCGACUGCGGAAAUAAAACAUACUCUGUUUGCGAGAUUGCGGCGGAUAGCAGUAACCGAGCGGAGGAAGAUGCAGAAGCCGACGGCGCGGCGGUGUUUAUGUGCGGCAAAUGCAAACUGCCCAUCGGCGACUCCCUGUCCUGGGCAGGCAGUGAUGACGAGCGGAACCAAAUCAUGCUUAAACGUACUAGUGACAAUGUUGUCAUAGGCAAGGAGCCUUUUGUUGCUGGUACCCGAAAGGAGCUUGGGUGCCUUGUUGUGAACCUCACAUGUCGUGGCUGCAGUUCAGAAUUAGGAAUUAUGUACAUAUCGACUCCAAAAAAACUUGAUUGUAAGAGAUCCCUCUUCUGCUUCAAUGUUCAACAUAUUGAAAGUUAUGUAGUGGGUAGUUCAAGUCAGCAGGUGCCAGAAUUAGACCGUGAGGAUAGGCCAGUAACACUGGAAUACCAGGACAAUGUUGAGCAGCAGAUGACAGAGAUCAAAUCUUUAGCAGUGAUAAUAGGACAACGACUGCUGGAGAUCGAAAGUAACCUACAGUGCAGUUCGGCAAAAUAAAGUGAGCUGUUAUAAAGCUGUUUUAAUAAUCUGACAGUUUGGAAAAUCUACUUUGUCUGGAUCCCAUGUAUUUUUUUACAACCUUUACUGUUAGAUUUAUCCAGAAAGGUAUGUAUUUAUUUAUAUGUAUGUACUGUACAGUUAAAUCCAUUUGACACACAUCUGUCUUAUUCAGAAGAGCUGGAAAAGCAGAUCAAAGUUUCUUCCCUACAUGUAUGGACCAUUCUGGUGCUUUAUUGUAUGUGAUGCUAAUAUUUACGUAGAUAUGAAUGGACGCAACGUAAAUAAAAGGGUCAAGCAA